AAAUCAUAAAGAACUAGAAAUAAACAAACCAAGACACCUUGAAUGUUACAAGGAGCUCUCCUAAAUUAUGAUUUACAAUGUACAUAUCUAUUGUCUGGACCUCAUGAGGUAGGUAAACUACACUAUGUCAUUUCCAGCAGUUGUGUUUAGCCUGCGUUUGCAACAAAAUUUUUAGAAUGUUAUAAAAAUCGGAUAUAUUCCACGAUUGUUUUGUAGACAAUAUAAAUAUCCAUAUUUUAAUGAUAAUAUAUAGGUUUGUUCCAACACGACGAAAACCGUCAUGAAAGGAUCACGAAACUGCGCGCAGAUAGCAAAAUAAUAUGUUCCAUGGGUUAUUUUGUUUACUGAACAGUUUCGUGAUCGUUUCAUGACGGUUUUUCGUUGUGUUGGAACAAACCUUAUAUAACCAAUUUGUAUGAUCCAACUAAUAAAAUACAUGGAUUAAAGAAAUUUAUUCAAAACAACACCAUGUUGACUAUUGUAUAUUACCUCCGAGGUCCAGAUAUACUUAUAUGUUAUGGGUAAAGAUAGGUACCUACACAGGUAAUUCUAGGAUUACCCAGUAAAGUGCGAAGUACCUACUUGCCAGGUUUGGUAAAAUAAAUGCAAAUGUAAAGCUGCUGGAAAUAUUUGUAACUCCAAAUGCCACAGCAGCUUGACUUGUUUUUUACAAAUAGAUAAGUUUUAUUUCUGCAGUAUUUAUAGUCUUAUGCUUCUUUUCAUGAGCAUUUUUCAGUGCGUCACAAAUGAUAGAAAAAAAGAAAGAGUUAAACGCAGAACUUUGAAAUUAAACGCAAUACCUAGUCAGAAGCUUCCGUUGGAGGCACAUAGUACAGAGCCAGGACCAUCCUCUAGGUCUAUAACGGCAGCUGCUAAACAAAGAAUCGUCACAACUGUUGCUCCAAGUUUGAUUCCUUGUGAAGAUGUAGAAGAUCUAGAUGAUCAAGAGGCAGCAGAAAUCUUGACUAGUUUAAAAAAUACUGAGAAUAGCACUCUAUCAAAAGAUGCAGCUGUGCAAGUGAACAUUACAAAAGAGAUUACAUUGUGUGACAUCCUUGAUAGUGACUUUAAAUUAAAAGAAUUUACUGGUGUUGAUAACUAUGUUAUUUUUAAUACUAUAAAUGCAGAUAUUUGGAAAACUCAUCAAUGAUGAUGGUGAAACUAAGACCAUUACUUUAGAAGUAGAACCCUCAACUAAAAUUAAAGAUAUCAGAGGUAAAAUGGCAAAGCAGAUAGGUAUACCAAUAGAAUCACUCGUAUUAAUCUUUAAUAACCAAGAGUUGCAAGAUGCCCGUACUGUCGAUUACUACAAUAUUAAGAACGGGUCUACCCUUAAUUUAGAGGAGAUGUAGAUUAAGAGGAUUAGGAGAGGAAAAUAACAUUGUUGGACUUGGGUACAUUUGUAUAUUUUCAAUAAAUAAAUUAAAAUCUA